UCGGAAAAUAAUGAAUCUACUCGCUUAUUAUCUUGAGUGUUACAUGGGUUGUGUUAUCUGUCCCUGGGACAUGUUGCGUUUUAUCAGACUCAGACAUCCCACCAUAGACGGGCGCUGUGGGCUCAUCUUGUCAGCAUUUGGCUGGAGUCGCCACAAUAGAAUGUCUACAGCUCCGACCAAAUCCGCGAUGCAGUCUGCUAAGAUGAAAAAGGACGAAUCAUUCCUUGGGAAGCUGGGAGGCACGUUGGCCAGAAAGAAAAAGUCAAAAGAAGUGAGUGACCUUCAGGAGGAGGGGAAGAAUGCCAUCAUUUCCUCUAUGCAGCCCUCCUGUGCUGAGCUACUCCCAGAGGACACGUUGCUAGAGGAGAAUGCUGAAAGGAGCAUUCUAGAUCCCAGCUCAAGAGAUAAUCACAAAUUUAAAGACCUUCAAAAAGUCCUCAUUGACUGGAUCAAUAAUGAGCUGGUGGAGGAAAGGAUCAUUGUGAAGGACCUGGAGGAGGAUCUCUAUGAUGGACAGGUGCUCCAGAAGUUAUUUGAGAAACUUUCCCAGCGCAAGCUGAACGUGGCUGAGGUGACUCAGUCUGAGAUCGGCCAGAAACAGAAGCUGCAGACGGUCCUGGAGGCGGUCAACGAUGUGCUCAGGCCUGAGGGCUGGUCCGUCGAGUGGGGCGUGGACUCAAUCCACUCCAAGAAUCUGGUUGCCAUUGUAUAUCUGUUGGUGGCAUUGGCCAUGCACUUUCAGGGCCCCGUCAGACUCCCAGAACACGUGUCCGUCCAGGUGGUGGUGGUCAAGAAAAAAGAAGGCAUCUUACACACUUCUCAUGUGACCAAGGAGCUCACAACAACAACAGAGAUGAUGAUGGGCCGAUUUGAGAGGGAUGCUUUUGACACAUUGUUGGAUCAUGCCCCUGACAAGCUCAAUGUUGUGAAGACGUCUCUUAUUACCUUUGUGAAUAAGCACCUUAACAAGCUGAACCUGGAGGUGACAGAACUUGAUUCACAGUUCGCAGACGGUGUCUACCUGGUGUUGUUGAUGGGGCUUCUGGAAGACUACUUUGUUCCGCUGUAUAACUUUUACCUCACACCAGAGAGCUUUGAGCAGAAGGUACACAAUGUGGCCUUCUCCUUUGAGCUGAUGCAGGACGGAGGUCUGAAGAAACCCAAAGCCCGACCAGAGGAUGUUGUGAACUUGAACCUGAAGUCCACCCUGAGGGUCCUCUACAACCUCUUCACCAACUACAAGAACUCCGAGUGACGGCCGCCCCUCAGCACGGGGGGGAGGUGGCAGGAGGCUGCUUGGUGCCUUCACCAGAUGGAGCUUAGAUGGAUCUUCAUGCUGUGGCCUGGGCUCCUGGAUUUCUGCCCACACUCAAAUACACAUGUCACACACACACACUUACACACACAUCACACACAGAUGCCUGAUAUUUUUGUGUGGUGCUGACAAGUUGACUGUGGGAGCCAAUCUAUUAUUCUUCAUUUGGGUGGGAAAUCAUAUGCAGCGUGUCCACCUCUCCGACAUGUGCUGAACUGAGUCGUAUGGAGGCUGGAGGGGCACCACUGCUACCUGACUGCCAGACCAUAUGGACAUAUAUUUACUACUAAUGCUGUUAUGCAUAUGAGCCCCCUGCUUAGGAUGCCUUGGAGAAUGCACCGCCUGCCCUGAAUAUUUUUUUGACCUGAACACGCAAUUCUUAUGCACUGAAGAAUCACAACCAUUGUCAUUACUAUGAAUGUUUGUAUGUGUCUGUGUGUGUGUGUUUUUUUAUUUAUGAUUCACUCAUUUUGCCUUGCAGCGAACAAGUGCCAUGACGUUACAUUGUCAAUGUAGUAACCAAAAGCUUCAAAUUGCCAUGUUGCCUUUCCCUCAGGAUGUGUCAGUUGACUGGCUGGUUGGAAUGAUUAUUGAUUGUGCAGAAUGGACAGGCAGGAUCUCACCCCACUGCAGUUAACAACCAAAAAAAGAAAUCUUUUUCAAACUCUGUGUUAAUUAUUCAGUCUGGUUUCUGUGGAGCGGAGAUUUGCAAGGGAGCUGAAUUCCUGAUAAAGUCUGCUCUGACAGUGGUUUUUGUCCUGAAAUAAAACGCAUCAACCCGC